GCGCAUCUCGCGCCAGAAUAGUGUGUGUUCACGCACCACCACCGCCGCCGGCCGCCGAAACGUUUUUUUUUCAGGUGCAGUAUUCAAAUGGGGCGGCAUCAGCAUUGUAAAUGCAUGUAAAUAAUUUUCGGUUCACUAUAAAAGUGUAGGUGUUUGGUGGAGGAUUACAUUCCAAGGUUUGCUUCGGAGGUGUACUGUAGCGAACUAACAUAACAUACAUAGCGAUGUCUCGUUUUACGAUUCUCUUUGUCAUCGCUUUGGCGUAUGAAGCUUUCGGAGAAGGUGUGAAGAAAGACACCGUCGCUACUGAUUCCAAUGCUGAGCAGUCUGGUUAUUACGGUUCUAUCGCCAGCCCCGGCCUGAUCGGCGGCGGCCUCUACGGUGGCCAGGCCAUCGUCGCCGGAGCCCCCGCGCUCAUUGGUGGCGGCCCCGCCAUCGUCGCCGGAGGCCCCGGCCUCAUCGGCGGUGCUGGCCUCGUGGGCAGCGGCCAGGCCCUCAACAACGCCGCCGCCGUUGGCGCGGCUCAACUCAGCGCCAUCCAGAACGCUCAGGCAGUCCAGGCCGCUAACAUCGCGAACGCUGCCAACGCCGCUAUCCAGGGAGCCCGUGUGACCGAAGGUGCCGCCCGUGCUGGACAAGCCAACGCUAUCAACAACGCCAGGGCUUUGGAUGCGGCGCGCAUCGCCAACUUGCAGAGGGCUCAGGCUGCCGCAUACGAGAACGCUAGGGCCGUAGAGGCCGCACGCAGUGCAGCUGCAGGAAGCGCUAUUGAGGCCGGCCGCGCCGCGGAGGCUGACCGUCUUGCCAACGCCGCCCGCUACCAAGGUCUGGCUAUCGCUCAGGCACGCGCCGUGGAAGCCGCUCGCAUCGCCAACGCCGCCCGCGCGCAGGCGUCCGCCGUCGCCGCUAGCGCCGCUCAAGCUCAGGCUGUCGCUGACGCGGCCGCCAGACAGGCCCAGGCCGGAGCUCUGCUGCUCGGCGCUGGCGGCGUCGGUGUAGUAGGCGUAGCGCCGGUAGCGGUCGGCGGCCUCGGCCUCGCUGGUGUCCCAGUGGCUGUUGGAGGCUCUCUCGGCGGUCUCGGCGGCGGUCUAGGCGCCUACGGUGCUGGCAAAUGGCACUAA